AGAGAAUGACGCUGCUUAUGUGAUGGGAUGCCAAUGUCAUAUUAUUCAUAAUACGGCUGGAAAGGCAGGAGAGACUUUUCAUAGGGUUACAGGCUUCAGUGUUGAUGAUAUGUUGGUCGACAUUUUUUAUUGGUUUGAUAAAAGCACCAAACGGAAAGCAUCUCUACAGGAAUAUUGCGAGUUUUGUGAUACCAGCUAUCGAACUAUAAUAAAACAUGUUAACACUAGAUGGCUUAGUUUGGAGAGAGCAGUCAGUCGUACACUCCAACAAUAUGCAGCACUUAGGAGCUACUUUCAGUCAGAACAUGACAAUUUGUUCACUGGCAUGGUCACCAAAACGCACUUAAGACAACUACUUGAUAGUGAUGUAAGUCCUUCACAAGCAUCAAAGUACUACAAGGGUGUAAGGGCAUUCUAUGAAACCGCCUGGCA